CACGGCCAGUGAGGCCGGCUUCGUUGGUGGCUGGCGGUAGCAGUGGCGUCUCUGCUUCCGUUGUUAUACAGGUAAUAUCGUGAAAAUUUUCUCCUUCAAUCAUCAGUUCCUAUGUGGAGUAAAAUGUGAAAUUUCCCCUUCUUCCCCCUCUCAACUGUUGCAGAGAGUCUGCAGAGGAUGCCAAAUCAGAGAAUCCCCUACUCAAGUCAAACUCAGGAGCAAGAUUGUUUACAAAGUCAAUAUGUCAAUAAUAAUGAAGAAAUGGCAAUCAGACAAGAAAUUGGUGGUGAUGCGAAGGCGGAGGAAUGCCUCCCCUCUCGCUCCUGUGACGAUGGGCCGUCCACCUCUGCUGAGGGAUGUGCAUCAGCAGCUCCAAGGUGGGGGCAGGCCCUGCUGCACAUCGACAGACAUCAGAUCCAGGCAGUGGAGCCUAGUGCGCAGGCCCCUGAACUGCAGGGUUUGGGUGUGGAUGUCUAUGACCAGGAUGUGCUAGAGCAGUGUGUGCUUCAGCAGGUGGACAAUGCAAUCCAUGAGGCCAGCCGUAUGGCCCAGCUCACUGACGCAGAGAAGGAGUAUCGGUCAGUCGUGGAUGACCUCACGUCAUGUAUGACAUCGCUAAGGCAAAUCAAUAAAAUUAUUGAACAACUUAGCCCUCAAGCUGCCACCAACAGAGACAUCAACAGGAAACUAUAUUCUGUAAAACGAUAGAAGUAUAAUAAGGAACAACAGCUAAAAAAGAUCACUGCAAAACAAAAACGUCUCCAGGCCAUCCUUGGAGGAGCAGAGGUAAAAGUUGAACUAGACCAUGCCAGUCUGGAGGAGGAGGAUGCAGAAGCGGGACCGUCCUGUCUUGGCAGCAUGCUCAUGCCUGUCCAGGAGACUGCUUGGGAAGAGCUCAUCCGCACUGGCCAGAUGACACCUUUUGGUACCGAGAUCCCUCAGAAACAGGAGAAAAAGCCUAGAAAAAUAAUGCUCAAUGAAGAAUCAGGCUUUGAAAAAUAUUUGGCAGAUCAAGCCAAGCUGUCUUUUGAAAGGAAGAAGCAAGCUUGUAAUAAAAGAGCAGCUAGAAAAGCUCCAAAUUCAGUCACGCCUGAGUUGAACCCAACACAAAACGACAACAAACCAAACAAGAAAACCGAAGUUCUUUCUAAAACAAAUAAGCGCUUGAAAAAGCACAUCAAGAAACUCCAGAAGAGAGCUCUGCAGUUCCAGGGGAAAGUGGGAUUGCCAAGGGGAAAGAAACCGUGGGAGUCAGAUGUGAGGUCAAUGGCAGAGGGGGACUCUGAGAGUGAAGAGUCCGAGUACUUCCCCACUGAGGAGGAGGAUGAUGAUGAGGCAUAUUGGGCAGGGGCGGACCUGUCCAGAGAUGGCACCGACUAUGAGCUGGGGCCUGUGCUCAAGGGCCAGAAACGGCAGAAGAAAGUCUCAGUGCAGGAGAUUGAUGAUGACUUUUUCCCAAGUUCCGGGGAAGAAUCUGAAGCCACAGGAGGAGGAGGAGGAGCAGGUCGGAAAGUAGCGAGAUGCCAAGAUGAUGGAGAUGAAGAUUAUUAUAAGCAGCAGUUAAGGAGAUGGAAUAAAUUGAGACUGCAGGACAAAGAGAAGCAUCUGAAACUAGAAGAUGAUUCUGAGGAAAGCGAUGCCGAGUUCAAUGAAGGUUUUAAAGUGCCAGGCUUUCUGUUCAAAAAGCUUUUUAACAGGUCCCUCCCGCCCAGGGUGCAGAGCUGUCUCCAGAUCCUUGGCUUUCUGGACAGCAUGGCCAGCGGCACCCUCCACCUGCGCAGGGACCUGAAGGAGUCCCUGAGGGCCAGCCAGGAGCCAGUUGUGGAUACCUGGAAGGAAGAAGCUGGCAGUGACCCCCAAGGUGACUGCAAGCAGUGGCCAGACCUGGAGGAGAGGUCAAAGGAAGAGCUGUUUCUGCACCUGGGGCCCGACUGGUUCCUGCUGCUCCUACAGGGCCACCUGCAUCCAGGCACCGCUGUACUGGCACUGAAGCUGCUGCUGCACUUUCUGGCAAACCCCUCCCUCCGUGGGCGAUUUAAAGACGGCCUGUCUGCGGGAUCCUGGUUGGAAUGCAGCACCAAGGGUGUGGACGUUGUGAUGGACAACCUGAAGAGCCACCCUCCACCGCCUGAGCAGAGUCCCUGCCGGCUUCCUGGGUUCCGCGUCUUGAGCGACUUUCUGGCCCACCAUGUUCACAUUCCAGAAGUCUACCUCAUCGUGUCCACCUUCUUCCUGCAGACGCCACUUACAGAGCCGAUGGACAGUCCCAAAGACAGCCUUGAUGCCAUGCUUCAGUGGCUCCUGCAGAAGUACCACCAGGAAGAAGUUCUCCGGGCAGGGCUGUGCACAGAAGGUGCCCUGCUGCUCCUCGAAAUGCUAAAAGCCACCACGAGCCAGCUUGGAAAUGCUGUCGUGGCAAGACCCCCUGAAAGAAAUUGACCCUGACUCUUUAGCUAUAUUUUCUGCAUGUGCUGCUCAACAGAGCUGUUGGAACACAUUCCGUUCAAGCACAAGCGGAUGACGAUGGUACAGAGUUUACAGACAAGGGAAACAGCUCUCCUUUGAAUCCAUUUCCAAAGGCCCUUUGCAAAGCUGGGACACUUCGCUGCACGUUGAGUGCUCUGCAGGCUCCAGGGUUUCUCCUGGGCCCGGAACUUAGCUGUGGUGGAGAGCGAGAGCCCCCAACCCUCCCCCUAGAGCCCGGCAGCAGACUGGGGAGGGAGGGGUCUGACAGGAACCAAAGGUUUUCUGUCAGGGCUUGGCUGACAGGACGGAAUCCUGCACGCGCGACCUACAGAGCCCAUGCUCCGUGGCCCGGGGGCGUGGCACGCGGCUGGAGCGUGGCAUCGCGGUAAGGGAGGGCGUCUGUGUUGACGUGAGACCCCAUUGGCAAAGGGGCGGGGCGAAUCAGCCUGUGAAAAGAGUCACCAACUGCAGGGGUGGGGCCAGUGUCUGAUUGACAGUCGGGCGGCCAAUGAGAGAAGGCAGGCCAGACCAAGGGACAGGCCAUCUUCAGUUAAACUGUCAUGGCCCCUGGGAAUUCUAACAGGUAUUGCCUCAGGUUAUCAAGAAGCUCGGCUCUGGCCCAGCGCUCUCAAAACUGAUCUUUUCUGGUACACAAGAGCUUUGAUGUUGAGAAACACAGAAAUAACUGGCUUCUUCGCAGAUUCAACAUACUGUCUCAGUCUCCAGGCAGUAGUUGACUGAGCACUGGAGGGAUCUGAUCAAGGUCCCCUGAGUUUUUCCUCCCUGGCUGGGAGUGAGGGAGGCAUUUAUUCCAGGUUGGCCAUUGAGGAGAGGGGGAGGCCUGAGGCAGUGGCCUCCAGCAUCUCUCCUCGGUUUAUUACCUUUUAUAGCAGGUAUUGUGUGCUGGUGAAAUGAGUAUGUUUCAGUGCGGGGAUCUCCUAGAGGAGGAGGACCUGUGAGCCACCUCGCUGUGUCCCUGUCCUCUAGGGGGAUUGGCAAGUCUGGCCCAUGGGAGGCUCUUAAUAUGUGUGUGCUGAGUGAAGGAAUAAGAGAAUGUGACUCAUGCUUUUUCUCACUGAUGGGAGCAUGUCACUGUUUCUGGAGAUGACACAGGGAUCUCCAGGGACAACAGAAGUGCCCAGUUGGAUACUCUUGCUUUUCCAUUUUGUUCCUUCACAUGCAGGAAGUGGCAGACAAUAAG